CGACUGGCUCCACACUCUGAACCCCCACGAAGAGGACGCGAGGGCUGCUUUCGUGCCGCGGUUAUCUGGACCAAGUACAUCUACUCCAACUUGGAGCUCGGGUGGACUUUGUUCCCUCUGUGCGCGCGUGUGGUUUUGCAUACGCUCCCCGGCGGCGAGCCACUGCAGCAGGGCAGCGACAGACUGAGGCAGCACGCCGCUGCUGCGGGACAAGAAAACAAGCUGUCCGCUGGAAGCUGUGUGAUCAUUGACAGAGUUCAAUACACACACCGGUGCGGGAGCCUUUGGAAACCCCCCCCCCCCCCCCUCCAUCCUCCCCCCUCCCAUCCGAGCCUCUCCGGGGACUCACGGCCGGGCUUUAUACUUUCAUUUUAUUAUAUUUGUGAGCCUCUGAAGUGUCGGUGUUAUUUAGGUGUUUUGUAUCUGAGCCACUGUCUACGCAGCCCCCUCCCAAACCAAGACAGUCUUCCGCCCCAGCAUGAAUGAAGUCAGUGUUGUGAGAGAGGGAUGGCUCCACAAGAGAGGUGAAUACAUUAAAACUUGGCGGCCUCGUUACUUCAUAUUAAAGAGCGACGGCUCCUUCAUCGGCUACAAGGAGAAGCCGGAGGUCUCCAGCGACCACAACCUCCCGCCGCUCAACAAUUUCUCCGUCGCAGAAUGCCAGCUGAUGAAGACGGAGCGUCCCAGGCCCAACACGUUUGUCAUCCGUUGCCUGCAGUGGACCUCGGUUAUCGAGCGCACUUUCCACGUGGACAGCAACGAGGAGAGGGAGGAAUGGAUGCGAUCGAUCCAGGCGGUGGCCAACAGCCUGAAGAGUCAGCAGCAGGACGAGGAGCCCAUGGAGAUCAAGUUUGGCUCCCCGGGCGAAGGCGGCGGCACCGAGGAGAUGGAGAUCGCCGUGUCCAAAUGCAACAUGAAAGUGACCAUGAGUGACUUUGACUACCUGAAGCUGCUCGGCAAAGGGACAUUUGGCAAAGUGAUCCUGGUGAAGGAAAAGGCCACAGGGAUGUACUACGCCAUGAAGAUUCUCCGCAAAGAAGUCAUCAUCGCUAAAGACGAGGUGGCACACACCGUUACGGAAAGCAGAGUUCUCCAAAAUACACGGCACCCGUUUCUAACGACACUAAAAUAUGCAUUUCAAACACAUGACCGGCUAUGCUUUGUGAUGGAGUACGCAAAUGGAGGAGAACUCUUCUUUCACUUAUCGCGGGACCGAGUGUUCACAGAAGACAGAGCGCGAUUCUACGGUGCAGAAAUAGUGUCGGCACUGGAGUACCUGCAUUCGCGCAACGUAGUUUACAGGGAUUUGAAACUGGAGAACCUCAUGUUAGACAAGGACGGACACAUAAAGAUAACAGACUUUGGCUUGUGUAAAGAGGGGAUCACAGACGGCGCCACCAUGAAGACGUUCUGUGGAACCCCGGAGUACUUGGCACCAGAGGUGCUGGAGGACAACGACUACGGCCGGGCGGUGGACUGGUGGGGACUCGGCGUGGUCAUGUACGAGAUGAUGUGCGGCCGGUUGCCCUUCUACAACCAGGACCACGAGCGUCUGUUUGAGCUCAUCCUCAUGGAGGAGAUCCGCUUCCCCAAGAACCUGGCCCCCGAAGCCAAGGCCCUGCUGGCUGGCCUGCUCAAGAAGGAUCCCAAACAGAGGCUCGGAGGAGGACCUGAUGACGCCAAAGACGUGAUGGGCCACAAGUUCUUCACCUCCAUCAACUGGCAGGAUGUCACCGAGAGAAAGCUCGUUCCGCCCUUUAAGCCCCAGGUAACGUCGGAGACGGACACUCGCUACUUUGACGACGAGUUCACAGCACAAACCAUUACGAUAACUCCUCCAGACAAGUAUGACAGUUUAGACGCAGAGGAUUCGGACCAGCGUACGCACUUCCCUCAGUUCUCCUACUCUGCCAGCAUACGGGAAUGAUUACUCAGACUCUUGAACAAGCAGGCAGGCUUAACACACAAUCACAAUCCCACAUAAACCAACAAACACACACAAACACAUACACACACACACACACUCGCACUGCUGGGGGGGUAGGAACGACACCAAAAAAAACAAAAAACUGUCACAAGACACAUUUUCAUUUGGUCUUAAAUGCACACACACACACACACACACACACACACACACACACACACACACACACACGUAGACAUGAUGGCGAAUCAGACGACGAGACAUGGAUCAUAGAGUAUGCAGUGAACACACACACGCGGGCUGUGAACGACGGACCUCAGCAGGUUUGUGUGUGUAGACCGGCAGCUUCGUCUCUGUGCGCUCUCUCAGGGCCGGCUGGCCGGCGUUAGGCUCCCCCUGCAGGACGUCCCGCUGCACUACACUUGGGCGACACAUCAGAGCCUUGACACUUUGAUAAAACCAGGUUACGCCAGCGAGUCCCACCUCUUUACCAGCUGUUCCCUUUGCUACACACACACACAAACGCACACCAACCCAUGCAUAGACUACACACACACAAAUGUACUUGGUAGAAUUUUCAGAAUUAGAAAAAAUUUAAAAGAGUUGGGGGGAAAAGACAAAAUUUUAUGUCAUCAAUUGUUACAGUUUUAAUGUAAAGCCAUAUUUCUGCAUUUCUCUUUAGGUUUUUAAGUUUUUUUAAAUUUGAUUUUUUGAUUUUUUUUAACAAGUGCUCUUUCUGGAACUUGCUGUUACAAAUCAAAUGUGGGACAGUUCCUACAGUGCGGGGGAUGAGGGGGGGAACAGGGAGGAGGAGGGGUCGCCAUGUUUGCGAGUGUGUGUGUGCGUGUGUGCGUGCGUGCAGGGGGAUGUAUGUGUGAACGACCAUUUUUGAUUCUCAACCAUCCAUCUGUCUGCUUUUAUGCAUGUUUUUAAAAAACAAAAAAAACAAAACAGUUGCUGGUAUAUUGAGGAGAAGACACUACAACACGGCACAAUCAAUGGCCUUUUUUUUUUUUUGAAAGGGAACAAGCAUGUAAAUUUAAGAAUUUAGCUUCGACCGGCUUUGCCGCUAAAUUUGACUCAGUCAGGAUUAAGGAAACUGGGAUCUCACGCAUGGCUAAAAUCUUUUUGCUUUUUUAAACGCUGCGUUACUUUAAUUCGAUUUGAAGCAGCGGUCGAGCUCAACACUGACCAACCGACCGUCUUCCUGCUGGUUGGAGGUGUUCGUUUUCAUUAAGGCCAGUCGUGCUGUGUGUUGAAGUCGGGACUAACAGAAGGAAAGAGGGAAACUAAAGAGACGAGUGCGCUUCAUCAGUUUUACCGCGAAACCCGUCUCGAGAGACCCGAUGUAAGAACGAACGCGGUCAUUCGCUCGCUGUCCUUGGUCCGGUCAUUCUCACUCCCCCUAGUCGAGGAGUUUUAAGGACACCAAUCUUUUUCUUUCUUUUUUUAAUUCAUUUUCUUUAUUUUCUUUUUUUAAAUAUCAAUCUAAGUGUUUCAAAAUAUUUUUUAAAAAUAAGCCUUUGAAUGUUCCUGUAUUUAAAGAAUGAAAAAGUUCCAAUUGUUGUUUCAGCCUUUUAAAAGCCCCCCCCCCCAAAAAAAAGAAUGACUGACCCCUGGUGGAUUGUUAUUUUUCACACUUCAAAUGAUUCCACAUUUUAAUGUUUAGAUUUUAUUUUUGGGGGGGUGGGGGUGUUUUCUUCUAAUGCUGUAUCAAAGCACUUAAAUCUGUGUGAGGUCUUUGUCUGGAGCAACGAGCUGCACGACCUGGUCGACCGACCUUCGACCUGCAGACGGGGGCGAACUGAGAUAAAAGAUUUUCGAGUCGUGACCUGACCUCUCACGAUCCAGAGAAGUUCUGGGACGCCCCAAUUUUUACAAUUCUGUAUUGCUGGAAGAAGAGAAGUCGUCGCUUUGCUCUUCGAGCUUCACUAAAGGAAACAUCGAGACCUUUAUGUUUGUCAUUGUUCUUGUUUUUUGUUUUUGUUUCUCCUUUUUUUUGUUGUCCUUCUAUUUCUCAAAUUUUGGAAGACACCUCUUGUUUUAAGUAUACAUUAUAUAAAAUAUAUAUUAAAAGUUUUUUUUAAACGGC